AUGUCUCUGCCCAGUAUGCCGCCCACAAGUGUCGCACCGCACUAUCAGACCGAGUAUAAGCCCUCUCCCGUUCUGCCAGGCACCUGGAACCAGUCUAUCCAGCCGAUGCCUACGCAACAGCCAGUCCCCCAGCCGCCUGUCAAGGCCUUCCCUGCAGCACAUGCGGGAAAGGCUUCGCCCGUCGCAGCGAUCUUGCACGUCACGAGCGAAUCCACACCGGUCAUCGGCCCCAUAAGCAAUGGCCUUAAGUCGAUCAAGGCUGAGGGUGACCAGCUUUCUGGCCACGGCUCGCCUGUCACUACACCAUCCCCCGGCCAUAGGAACUUGUCUAUGUCGCCUAGUGCCCAACUGGACGGUGCUGGCCUUCAAAGACAGGACUUCCAACAAUACCAGCCUCGGAUGGCAAUCCCCACCCACUCUGGCUCACCAUCUCAGAGCAGCGCGUUCAUGUACCCCGAUCCCGACUAUCAAAACAGUAGCAAUAACAUGAACCAGUUCUACUACGCGCAUUCGGGUCAGAUUCGGAGGCCUCAGAGCACCGAGCCUAACCUAGUGUCCAUCUCUUGA